GUCACUCAGACGACCUUGCCAAAUAUGUGCAACUUUUAAGGUUCCCUGGCCAUGGGUCAAUAGGACGUCAACAUGUCCGCAACAAAUAUCAACAAUUUAAAUUUCAACUUACUACUUGAUGAGAUUGAAUCGGGUAGCAGCGGUUCGUUAGCAAAUGUUAUUCGCAAGCUACGAGAGAGUGAGUUGGCAGCUUUCAAAGCUCGCAUAGGAGGUCCAACAGGUGAACUACUAGCUAGUUUCAUAGCAUCUCUUGAUCUGCGUGCAUCAGAGCAUAAUGCAGAAAUAGAAAAGACCUGCAGCUAUCACUACCAAAGUUUCGUUGAUUCCACACGUGAAUUACUUGAAAUCCAGCAAAAUGCAGAAAAGCUUGAAAACGAUUUACAAGCACUAAAUGUGGAGCUGGAAGUUACAGUUAAUAAGGUUAGACUCAUUUUUUAUAAAUAACUUGGCCAUUCCAAUAACUAAUGUCCGAAUUUUUCCUUUCAACCAUAGCUAGCGUUGUUUUGCCUGAACUCAGGGAAUUUUGUGAUUUUCAGCUAUGCACAUAAAAUCGACAUAAUGUAUCGUAGCAUCGAUAUAUAUAUAUAUAUAUAUGACCUGGUUUAUUGAGCUGGAGACUUAGAAGCAAGACAUUUCUGUGAGGUAUUUCUAAAAUCCUUGAAUCUCUAGAUCGUCAGAUUUUUCACUAGACCAACUUUUGAUGUCCACGAGUAAAGGCUACCAAUGUUUUCAACUAAAGGCUUAAGUACGUAAAGACAAUGUCUGAACCAAAGGGUAAAAAUUGACGUGAAAGUUCAAGAAAAUCUGGAGCUAAAUAAGUGUCCUUAUGAGAAGAGUUUUCCAUGAAUUUAAAUAUUGUACACAAUACAAUCGGUUAUACACUCAUGCCAGUUUGUGGAUAUUCCUCAUCUAUUUUGUUGGAACUAAACUUUAGCGAGUGCUUUGGUGACUCCGAUUUAGUGAAUCGUGUGACAAAUUAGCCGCCUGUAAACUCACUUUGGAUCAUGUGAAUCAAUGCAUUGAGGCAAUUCAAAUCAGUCUUCCGAUAUUAGAACAAUACUCUCGCAUUGAGCAAAGUAUUGCUGACGGAAGGUACUAUCAUGCCUUGAAAAAUCUUGAAGACCUAGAGCAUUCUCAACUGGAUCUAAUUCGCCCGUUCGCCUUUUCUGAAAUCAUCAUUCAUCGCAUACCGAAAACAAGAACGAGAAUCAAGAAUGCAAGUCUUGAUGAAUUAACUGAUUUUCUUGAAUACAUACGGAAAAAUUCAAUAGUUCUUGGUGCAUUUGCUAUGCGAGAAGCAGCACAAGUAUCUGGAAUAGAUAGUGAAGCACUUUGCGAUACCUUGGCAGUUAAUGGAUACAAAGAAGCACAGGAUGUAAGCAAAAAACCAAAUAACGAAUCACAACAACAAGUGAUGUUGAAAUCGUUAGUUCACAAAGCAUCCGUUAAUACGAAUACUGAUAGUUUAGAUAAUGAAUUAGAAAUGUUAACUCAAAUUGUUACAAAUAAAAAUCAUCCAUGGAUUACCAAUGAUGAUCAUGGUGAACCAGAAAUGACAAUAAAAACUCAAAUAAAUGUUAAUAAUGAUGAUAAUUGUUGUAAUCGUACAUAUUCAAAAGUGGAGGAUUUAGUCGAUUUCGGACCAGUGUAUCGAUGUUUGCAUAUUCAUUCUGUAUUGAAUGAACGAGCGGAAUUUGAACGACAUUAUUGUACUCAACGACGAAAACAGUGUCAAUUAAUUUUGAGUUUAUCACCAAAUCAACAAGUCGAAAUGCGUAAUUAUGGUGAAUUUUUCAGUGGAAUUUGUGGAUUUUUUGUAGUUGAUGAUUUUAUUCGUCAUACAUUAUCUGGUUCAUCAGUAUUUUAUCAAACAUAUUUAGAUGAAUUAUGGGUACAUACAGUGAAUCGUUUAAUAGAUUUUGUGCAUGUUAAUGCAAAAUCAUGUGAUUCACCAAAUGAUUUAAUUAAAUUAAAAGAUUAUUUAAUUAUUUUUGAAAGAACUAUGCAAAAUUUAGGCUUCCCAAUAACUGGUCUAACUGAAACAAUUGGUAUUGUUCAGCGGUACUAUCAUAGACUAUUAGCUAGUCAAUGGAAGUCUAAGUUUGAAACAAUAAUUGCUGAAGAUAGCUAUGAAACAAUUAAAAUAUCAAAUUCGGAACAGUUAGCUGAAUUCCUUGAAAUGUAUCCACCAGGCGAUACAGUUGAGUUUUCUGAACUUCCAUUUCCUAAACAGUUGUGCUUUUCAUGGAUGGUACCUAAAAUUUAUCAAACUGUUCGUGAAUACAUUAAUUUGUGUUAUCGGUUUUGUGAAAAUAUGGAUUUAGCAUACACAGAACUAGAGGAUACAAUUAAUCGUGCUACAAAUUUCCUAUUCAGUCAAUGUUUAAAUACAGUUUUAACUUCGGGCGUUCGUUCAUCUUUACGUCAAUUACCUCGACUUACGCAAUUCUGUAUAAAUUUGGAUGAGUUAGAAACAGUUUGUGGGCAUUUGGAUAACUAUCUUCAAUACACCUUGCUAGAUGAGGCUUCAAGUAUAACCAGUGGUCGUCUAAAAGAUUUCGCAAUGAUUAGGGAUAAUCAACGUGAAGAUCCAGAUAUGACUACAUCAGUUACGUUAAACUCUGGAGCUAAUCCACCACGUAGCCGAUUACAAGGUGCAUCACUACUUAAAGAUAUACGUGUAUUGGUUGAAGAUCAAAUUUGUAAUCAUUUGAAGGAUAAUGUUGCGAAAUUCAUUAAUUUAAGUAACUAUGAUGAUACUGAUGAUAAUAAUAGUGGUCAAACUAACAAUAAUACCAAUAAAAAUGAUCAAUUAUUAAAUAAUUCUCAAAAUGUUGAUGGACGUAAUGGUGUAAGUUACAUAACUAAUACAAAAAUUAAACCAACUGAAAAUAUUGUACAUUUAACAUCGUGGUUAAAAUCAGUGUUCGAUUCAUUUUCAAACCUUCCGCCGAAAAUCGCGCAAACUGCUUGUAUAUCAGUCUGUAAACAUAUUGCUCGUUUAUUGUAUGAUGUUUUAUUUGGUUCUCAAGUGCGUUCUCUUUCUGAAACGGGUCUUCAACAAUUAAGUAUUGAUUUAUCUUUGUGUGAAUCAUUUGCACGUUCACAACCUGUUCCAGGCCUAGAUCGUACUACUCUUUGGUUGAUUUUUGCUGAUUUAAGACAGUUAUUGGAUUUAUAUCACAAAGAUGAUUGGACUUCAUACAUUGCAUUUCGUAAAAAUGUUACUGGAUCGGGAAAAUAUGGCAGUGCUUAUGAUCGUGUUCCACCGAGUGUAGCAAUUAAACUAUUAGAACGUUUACGUGAUUCCGAUAAAAAACGUACUGGAUUCCUUCAAGCAAUGCGUAAAGAGGAACGUGGUCGAAAGAAAAAACUCGAAGAUAUAAUUCGUCAAUUACGUGAAUUAAAUGUUACACCUCGAAAUAAUUAAUCUUAAAAUUUCAGAAUUAGAAAGGGAAAAUAAUGGAACUUAUCUAGAGCGGAAUAUCACCAUUUCUCUUAUUUGCUUUAUACACAUUCAAAACAGCUUCGUCAGCUUCCAUGCUGUUUCAUAUAUAUAUAUAUAUAUAUA